AUGAAGACAAUUCCAACUGGAACGAAAGAUUCUGCUUUGAUUCUUUCGAGUAUCGGAGAAAUUUUGCAUUUACAAGGAAAAUAUGAAGAUGCUGAAGAAAUUUAUCGAAAAGCAUUGGAAAUCAGACGGAAUUCUUAUGCAUCAACUCAUCCACUUAUCGCUAAUAGUUUAGUAAAUCUCGCUCGAAUUUAUCGUCGAAAAUCAAAAAACGACAAGGCACUCGUCAUCUUUAAAGAAGCUUUAACAAUUCAAGAAGAAUGUUACAAACAUUCUCAUGUUGAUAUUGCGAUGAAUUUGAAUAACAUUGCCACUACUCUACUCUUUCAAGGAAUGAUCAAAGAAGCCAAUAGUUAUUUAACUCGAGCAAUAUCUAUUCUUAGAAAAUAUUAUCAAUCCGAUCAUAUAAAUAUUAUUCAAGUGUUUUAA